CUUCAGAUAACAAUUGAUAACACCCCUCCUGUCCAUAAAAGCAAGGCACGUUCAAGGUUUGUCCUUUGAAGAUAUCACUCAGAACACAUGCUAUCUUCCUGACCACAACGAUGACUAUAAAUUAAAUCCAUUGAGCCCAACAGGAUUAGUUAGUGCAGACAAGCCAGACAAUAUGUGGUUGGAGUUGUAUUUGGGAAUGGCAGUUCUUCUCAGUGUAGAGUGCAAACCAUUGAACAAGGAGACACACAACAAGUUGCUAGUGAUCUCCUUUGAUGGUUUCCCCGAUGGGACUAUGAUCAAGACGUAGACACCCCUCACAUGGACAAGUUAGUGGAAGAUGGAGUGAAGGCAAAGUACAUCACCCCUCCGGCUAUCACCAUGACGUCCCCAUCUCACUUCACCACUAUAACUGGUAAGGCAUAAGAGUUACAAAAUGCUAUUGACUUUUUGCAUGCAUUUGAGCUGCUUGUUUGAAGUACUCAAUCAGGUACAUUAAAAAAUAAGAAGUAUUUCCUUGGGUAAAAUGUGAAUACGGGCCCAAGUUACUGUUUCAAAUCUGGUUUUCAAAGUUCAAAUGUAGCGUAGUAGAUGGAUUAUUGCCAAUUGAUUUCUUUGGCCAAAUACUCCCAGUUUUUCAUAAAACAGUUUUGUUUUGUGGUGUGUGCCCAGAAAAACCCAAUCCUGACCAUGAUCUUACUCACAUUUCAAAGUAGCCUCACUUGCCAGUGUUCUUGGUGGCAAGUAGCCUAGUGUUUAAGAGCGUUGGGCCAGUAACCGAAAGGUCACUGGUUUGAAUCCCCGAGCUGACUAGUGAAAAAUCUGUUAACCCCUAAUUUUGCUCUGGAUAAGAGUGUCGCUAAAAUGUAAAUGUUUUAGCACAAUCUAAUAUGUACACUUAUAUGGGCAUAACAUAUCCUUUGGUUCCUAAUUAUUUAAAUACAAAUCUCUUCAAACUUGCUGCUUACUUUAUUUUCUGGGCAAUUGGACCACACUUGAAUCUGACCCUAGUGCUUAGUGCUAUUCCUGAAGAAAUGGAAAUCCCCUUUCCCUGUUUUCAUUUUGUUAAUGCGGGAAAAAGCCCACAAAUCUGAAAAGACCAAAUUUUUCUAAAUGUUUCUCUUAUUUGACAAUGAUAUCUAUCUAAAAUUCCAUGCAAUAUUUUCAAAUAAUUAUAGUACAAAGCCAAUUAAAGUUGUAAAUGCCAUUUCCGAUAUCCUUGAAGAACAACAGCACUGAGUUUUUGGAUACGUUUUAUCUGUCAAACGCUGCGUGUGGAUGUGGGGGGAAAGGGAUCAAGCGCAGGAACCAGGGGUUCGUCAACAACUUUAGUUUCCCAAAAACAGGAAUGAGUCGCCACCCCAAACCGGGUGCACGAACAAUUACGACAACAACAACAGUGCGAAUACAAAAAAAAGCGCACGCAGUGGGAACCCCUCCCAAUACAAAGUUAUGAGAGGAACUCCUCAAUGGCAACAGCUGACAAUAAAAUCACAACAUAAAAACCCCCCUGCCCAACCACGAUAACUAAAUAGGAACAAAUCAAGACUAACAGGGAACCCAGGUGUACACCAGAAAACCAAACAAACAAAACAUCGAACGGUGGUAGCUGUACUUUUUCCGGGACGACGACCGCCGGCCUGCCCCGACAAGGAGAAGGAGCACCUCGGCCGAAACGGUGACAGUACCCCCCCCCUUGCCGCGCGGCUUCCGCCUUCGCCCGAUCCCGGCCUCUGGGACGCACCAGGGACGACCGGAGCAGGGGCGCUUAGAUGACCCCAUGGAACUUUCCGCAGGCCCAGGUCAAUUGUCCCUCCUCGGCACCCCCAACCGCUCCCCCCGGGCCGUCCCCCUCCCACUCCCCGAGUUUGGAGACCCCCCAUCCGGCGUCUCGAAUCAAGGAGGGACCGUCACAGUGUACCGACCCCCCCGUUGUCCAACGGGGGGCGGCGCCAAUCUCCUUCUAUCCUCAUAAUCCCCUGGAGUGGACCGCUACCACCGGGGCCUGGGGGGGAGAGACACCAUCUCCAUGGACAACAGGGUUAUCUUCUCCUUACUCAAUGGCAGUUCUAACCGGUACACCCUCGUUUCAAAACCUCCUCAGGACUAAAUGGCCCACAAACGCGCCCACCACCCGGCGGGCAGGGGAGGGGCCAAGUUUUCUGGGGGCCCCGUCUCCCAGGCGUACACAGGCCCCCUAAACCCGGGGCCGGUGGCGACUCGCCUCGUCUUAAGCCGGAAAUCCCGUGCAGGGAACGGGGCAACCCGUUCCCCGCUCCUCCGACCGCCCACCCACUCAUCCACCGCAGGGGGAUCUGGCUCAUCCCAAAGUCCAAACCGGCUGUAAACCCUAAACCCGGAAAAGGGGUUUUAGUUUGGUUGAGAUGGAGAGAGCCGGGGCCCAAACAACCCGGCCCGGAACCGUAUCCCCCACUCCUCCGGCCGGUUCCUGGCAAUAAACCCUCAAAACCUCCACCAACUGGGACAGGGUUCAACCGGCCCAUUAACUUCUCCCUGUGGUAAAACCCGAGGUAACGGCUCACCGAAACCCCAACGGUCAUAAACCUUUUCACACUCUGGUAAACUGGGGCCUCCGAUCAUCACUAAUCCCGGGACCGGAAUGCCGAAGACAUGGGAAACAAGCCUCAGCGUCCUGUAGGGCAGUAGGUAGACCCCGGCCCGCAUGGUAGGGGACGAACAGCCUUCAGCCACCCGCAAACGACCAAUGGGAUACCCCGUAGAGGGAACGUAAAACUCCAGAAGGUGGCCAGGGUCUUGUGGACCGGGCAGGGUUGCUUCCCCUGGCAAAUGUCGGGGCCUUUACAAGGCCACAACCGGGAAGGAGACAUAAAUCCCAUCCCCGGCCCACGUUGGCCACCUACUUAGGCGGCAUGAAUUCCCGGGCCGAUACCUGGAAUGUCAGAAGGGAGUAUGAGCCAAUAAAUAGGCAAUCGCUCCUCGAGGGGCUAGCCGACCCCCGCCAACUGGGGGCCCCCCGGGCCCGGCGUACGCCGCUCGUCCUCGGCAUCGCCUCCAUACCACCCAUGCACCCAACUUUCGGUGAAGUGGGCUCAACCCGGACCCUCCCUCCCUGUCAUAUCGCCGCGGGCAUUGCCCCCUUCGGACCCAGGAUUGUGAUAAAACCACCGGCGUAAUAGUCCGCCGGGCCCGAGUUUCAUCUCCAGCUGCCCCGGAAUGAUUCCAGGUCCUGCUUGAAUGAGGCAAGGUGUUGACCCCUCAAGCACCCACACCUUUAGGGCCCUUUACCACGGCAAAACCCAGCUCCCUGUCCCCUACGUCAUAAAUUCCGCUCCGCCGGGGACUGAACCCUUCUUAGAAUAAAAAGCACGGGGGCGGAGUUUAGUGGGUGCCAACCGUUGUGAGAAACGGCCCCCAAUAACCAGCCUCGACGCGUCAACCCUACCGGAACGGAAAAGCGGGAUCCGGAGCCCAACACCGGCGCUGAGUAAACAGGUCCUUCAUCCCCCCAAAAGCCCUGUCCCCCCCUCAGCUGACCACUGCAAGCGCCCCGGGACCCCCCUUCAACAGAGACGAAAAUGGGAGCUCCCCACCUGUCAAAACCCCGGAUAAACCUCCGGUAAUAAUUCGCAAAGCCCAAGAACUGUUGCACCCUCUUUCACAGGGGUUUUGGGGUUUGCCAAUUACGCACAGCUGACAAAACCCCGGGCAACCUCCAUCUUCACCCCUGACCCGACAAUUGAUAACCCAAAAAGGAGACCGACUUCUGAAAGAACAGACAUUUCUCUGCCCUUGACAUAUAGGUCAUGCUCCAACACGCCUCCUCAACACUCGGCGCACCAGGGCUUUAAAAUGCUCAGCUCGGGUUAACUGUACACCCCGAAUACGUCUAUGUACACGAAUACUCCCCUGCCCCUGCAUGUCCCCGGAAAAUCUCAUCUACAAAGGAUUGGAAGACUGAGGGAGCAUUCAUUAACCCAUAUGGCCAUGACGAGAUACUCGUAAUGACCGGAGGGCGUGCUAAAUGCUGUCUUCCAUUAUCGCCCUCUCUAAUGCGCCCCCAAGUUAUAAAGCACUCCUAAGAUCCAAUUUUGUGAAGAACUGAGCACCCCUGUUGAAUACUCCGUCAUAGUUUUCCCAAUCAGAGGAAGUGGAUAGCUGUACUUCACUGGGAAUCCCGAUUGAGACCCCGGUAAUCAAUACACGGGCGCAGACCUCCAUCUUUUUUCUUCACAUAAAAGAAGCUUGAGGAAGCGGGUGAAUGGGGGGCCCGUAUGUAUCCCUGUCUCAGAGACUCGGCGAUGUAAGUUCCAUUGCCUUCCUCUCCUCUUGGGACAAGGGAAUACACAUGGCUCCGCGGGGGCUGCUCCUGACUGGAGAUCUAUCGCACAAUCCCCCGUCUAUGAGGCGGCAAACUGCGCCGCCCUAGUCUUACUGACACCAGUUUUCAAAACCUCAUACUCAGGGGGAAUCUGCAUGACUGGCAUUAGAUUCGGACUCUCCCCCCGAGGUCCGCCCCUAUGGAAACACCCAGACACAGCCCCCACCCACUGAGCAGACCACCCUGUAAGAGGGUUUCUUUCCCCGCCACGAAAUAGUAGGGUCAUGGGUAAUUACCAGGGAAGCCCCAGUACCACCCAUAGCAGGAGAGUCAAUCAGAUAGAGCUGAAUCGUCUCCUCAUUGACCCCCCUGCGUCAAACCAUCUUAAAGAGGCGCUGUGACCUCCCUAAUCAACCCAGAUCCUAACGGAAAGGCUAUCUAGGGCAUGUACAGGGAAAGGCUUUUUCAAGGGACGGAGGGGGAAUCCCCCAACUUUACACAGAACUGGCGAUCUACAAAAUUCCAGCUGCGCCUUAUCUACCGCCGCCUUAUGCUGGGAACCCCAGGUGCAACCUGUGGAAAACAAACAGGCAAGGUUAGGUGAAACAGAAAGCUUGGGUAAGUAGGGCGCCUACUCACCUGGAGGACUCCCAAUGCCUGGCCUGACCUCACCUCCACCAGGAGACCCUCCCCAACACCUAGCCGCGGUUGGGGCCCUCCACGGCCACAGUUGGUGCGGGAACGCCCCCCUCGGUUUUCCUACUCCUCCGUUUUCCCCAGCGCCAGCACCUCCGAGCUCCAUAGGGCUCGGCUCGGAGUGCUGGAAGGUGGAAUGGGCAACCCCCACCGGGAGUCCACGGGUAGGAGCAGGGUGUCCAGCCGAAUGGCCAUGUUCCCACCAGCUGGUCAAACGACAACGUGGGAUCCCUGUACGCCAAAAUCUCUCUGGACAUCCUCCCGGAGGCUGCAGCGGAAGUGGUCUAUUGAGGGCCCCGCUCAUUCCACCUGCAUCUGCCGCUAGAGUCCGGGAAAUCCAAUGCAAAGCCUGUGCGCUCCUCAUCCCCUGUCGGAGGUAGAACAGACGCUCCCCCCCGCCGCCUUCCCCUCUGUUGGAUGUGUCAAACACGGCACGGAAGCGGCGGGAGAAACUCCGCAUAGGUAACAGUAGCGGCGUCUAUUCUCCUCCAUUUUGGCGUUGGCCCACUCCAACGCCUUUCCGGUGAGACAGGAGAUGAGGGCGGAGACGCUCUCCGUGUCCCGAGGGAGCCGGUGUACGGUGGCGAGGGAAGCUCCACUUUGCACAAAAAACCCUUGACACCCCGGGACGGAGCGUCGUACGCCCUCGGGAGGGGGAGCCGAAUCCCGCUGGGGUUCCGGAAGGGGGACAGGAGGACUGACCGUGGGGAUGGUCCCCGGGAGGUGGGGGGCGUGGGUACCCCCCCUGGUCUCCAUCGGUGGAGAGUGUUCAUUCACCUGAUCCAGGGCGUGACCGAUCUGGUUGAUCCUGUCCUCCUGCCCACGAAGACGGUCUUCCAUAAUGUCCGUUGGCGCGGCUGCUCCUGCCCGAUUCCAUAGUGGGAUUUUGGGCAGGGAAUCAAGCGCAGGAAACCCGGGGGUUCGUCAACAGACUUUAGUAUAUCCAAAACAGGAAUGAGUCGCCAACCAACCGGGGUUGGCACGAACAAUUACGCACAACAACCAACAGUGCGAAAUACAAGAAAAAGCGCACGCAGUGCGAACUCUCAAAUACAAAGUUAUGAGAGAGGAAACUCCUCAAUGGCAACAGCUGACAAUAAUAAUCACACAUACAACCCUGACCCAACCACGUAAACUAAAUAGGAAACAAAAUCAAAGACUAACAAGGGACAGGUGUACAACCAACCAAAACCAAACAACAUAAACAUCGAACGGGGUACUAUACUCCGGGCGGACGACCGCCGAAGCCUGGCCCGAAACAAGAGAAGGAGCAGCCCUCGGCCGAAACCGUGACAUUAUCAUAAUGUCAUGACGAAAAAGACAAUUAAACCUGGAAGGUUGCUGGCAUCAACAAAUAUUUAGAUAUCAUGAUCUUUUCUUCUCAUAUCUCUCACAGGGAGAUGGAUAGAGGAUCAUGGAGUUGUUCACAAUAUGAUGUUUAAUUCCACAACUCAUCAGAAAGUCGGCCAUAAAGCUACCUUGAAGAGGUCUGAGUGGUGGGACAAUGGAGCCUUGCCGUUGUUGGAUUACAGCACAGAACCAGGUGAGGAAACUGGUCAUGAUUUGAUCCUGGAAAUAAAAUAUUGGGUCAAAUAUGCAGAAUUAGCUUACAGUCCUCCUACUGACAGCUACAGAAACUACUGUGAACUUAUAUUUACAGUGGGGAGAACAAGUAUUUGAUACAGGUUUUCCUACUACAAAAGCAUGUAGAGGUCAGUAAUUUUAUCUAGGUACACUUCAACUGUGAGAGCGGAAUCUAAAACAAAAAUCCAGAAAAUCACAUUGUAUGAUUUUUAAGUAAUUCAUUUGCAUUUUAUUGCAUGACAUAAGUAUUUGAAUACAUCAGAGAAGCAGAACUUAAUAUUUGGUACAGAAACCUUUGUUUGCAAUUACAGAGAUCAUACGUUUCCUGUAGGUCUUGACCAGGUUUGCACACACUGCAGCAGGGAUUUUGGCCCACUCCUCCAUACAGGACCUUCUCCAGAUCUUUUCAGGUUUCGGGGCUGUCGCUGGGCAAUACGGACUUUCAGCUCCCUCCAAAGAUUUUCUAUUGGGUUCAGGUCUGGAGAACUGGCUAGGCCACUCCAGGACCUUGAGAUGCUUCUUACGGAGCCACUCCUUAGUUGCCCUUGCUGCGUGUUUCGGGUCGUUGUCAUGCUGGAAGACCCAGCCACGACCCAAUCUUCAAUGCUCUUACUGAGGGAAGGAGGUUGUUGGCCAAGAUCUUGCGAUACAUGGCCCCAUCCAUCCCUCCCCUCAAUAUGAUGCAUGUCGUCCUGUCCCCUUUGCAGAAAAGCAUCCCCAAAGAAUGAUGUUUCCACCUCCAUGCUUCACCGGUUGGGAUGGUCUUCUUGGGGUUGUACUCAUCCUUCUUCUUCCUCCAAACACGGCGAGUGGAGUUUAGACAAGAAGCUCUAUUUUUGUCUCAUCAGACCACAUGACCUUCUCCCAUUCCUCCUCUGGAUCAUCCAGAUGGUCAUUGGCAAACUUCAGAUGGGCCUGGACAUGCGCUGGCUUGAGCAUGGGGGACCUUGCGUGCGCUGCAGGGAUUUUAAUCCAUGACGGCGUAGUGUGUUACUAAUGGUUUUCUUUGAGACUGUGGUCCCAGCUCUCUUCAGGUCAUUGACAGGUCCUGCUGUGUAGUUCUGGGCUGAUCCCUCACCUUCGUCAUGAUCAUUGAUGAGGUGACGAGGUGAGAUCUUGCAUGGAGCCCCAGACCGAGGGUGAUUGACCGUCAUCUUGAAACUUCUUCCAUUUUCUAAUAAUUGCGCAACAGUUUGUUGCCUUUCUCACCAAGCUCCUGCCUAUUGUCCUGUAGCCCAUCCCAGCCUUUGCAGGUCUACAAUUUUAUCCCUGAUGUCCUUACACAGCUCUCUGGUCUUGGCCAUUGUGGAGAGGUUGGAGUCUGUUUGAUUGAGUGUGUGGACAGUGUUUUUAUACAGGAACGAGUUCAAACAGGUGCAGUUAAUACAGGUAAUGAGUGGAGAACAGGAGGGCUUCUUCAAGAAAAAACUAACGGUCUGUGAGAGCUGGAAUUCUAACUGGUGGGUAGGGUGAUCAAAUACUUACGUCAUGCAAUAAAAUGCAAAUAAUUACUUAAAACAUCAUACAAUGUGAAUUUCUGGAUUUUUGUUUUAGAUUCCGUCUCUCACAGUUGAAGUUGUACCUAUGAAAAAAAUGACAGGACCCUCUAUCAUGUUUGUAAGUAGGAAAACCUGCCAAAAUCGGCAGUGUAUCAAAUAUUUGUUCCCCCAUGUAAGUGAAUGAAAGUAGCUCUGAUGAAAGUUAACCUUGGAGACCCCCUACUACACCCCUUUGAUUAGAAGCAUACAUACAUUAGCCAGUAUAAUGGUCAAUGUCCAUACCUUUUCUUCUGUUUCAGGGCCUGAAAACAGGUUCCUUUUUAUUUCCAGGAGGAGCAGCCAACUACAGUGGUCAAUGUGUAAACCGGGCGCUGGUUGAGGAACCAGGUCAACAAGAUGAUAACGAAACAGAGUGGCGUCAGAAUAUUGACACUGUGUUGAGCUGGUUCACCGAAGAAGAUUUUGACUUUGUGACUCUGUACUAUGGAGAGCCUGACAACGUGGGUCAUGCCAAAGGACCAGACCAUCCUGACAGGAAAACCAUAAUAAAGCAGAUUGACCGCACCAUUGGAUACCUGAGGGAGGCCAUCCAGCGAGAUGGUUUGACUGAUAACCUUAACGUCAUCAUCACCUCUGACCAUGGCAUGACCACCGUUAAAAAAAGACCUCUUGUAGAUGAGAUAAUCCUCUCUAAAUACCUGAAUUUAUUCAACACGGUUUAUUUUGAGCUCCUUGACUACGGCGGGUUUGGCAUGAUCACACCAAGGAAAGGAAAGGAACAGCAGGUUUAUGAUGCUCUCAUGAAGGCCCCAAACCUCACAGUCUACAAGAAGGAAGAUAUGCCAGAGAACUUUCAUUUGUCAAAGAAUGACAGAAUACAGCCUAUUAUUGUCAUUGCUGAUCUAGGUUUCAACUUAAACUCGGUAGGUACCGGUAUUAACUUUUAAGACACGUCAUAUGCUAUGUAUAAAGUAAAAAAUGGUAAAGUAAAAAUAUCACAGAUUUUUUUUUAAAUAUAUAUAUUAUAAUAUGCAUAUAAUUUCAACAGCGGUUGAUCGUCUACGUGAACAAAGGAGAUCAUGGAUUCCACAUGGACGAAAUGGACAUGAAGACCAUCUUCCGUGCUUUUGGACCAGAUUUCAAGAAGAGUUAUCUGUCCGAGCCCUUUGACAGUGUCCACAUCUACCCUCUAAUGUGCAAGCUGCUGCAGAUAGAUCCAGCCCCUAACAACGGCUCCCUAUCCGUCACUGAGGGCAUGCUGGUUCAGAACGGUACGAGCCGUGAGCUUCUAGAAAGCAUUUUAGUAUCAAAAUGCAUGACAGUGUCUAUUAAUUCAUUCUAAUACAGGAAGAUACCAACCUUAAUGUGUGCUCCACUGAUUAUACUUAUUGUAUAAGAUAAUUAUCAAGACUGACAUGAGAAAUGGUUAUAUCACAUAACUAAUGGCACCAUUCUUCUCUACACAGGUGGGAGAAGAAAUCAGAUGUCCCUUGGUGUUUUGGCAUCGAUAUUUGUCUACAUUUUAUUUGUCAUGUAGUCAUUUCUGAUGUUGGUUAUUUUCCUAAAUGUUUGUUAACUGAAAAUAAUUGCAUAGUUGAAUCAAUCAUAACCAAAACUCCAACAGAUAUUCUUAAGGAGGAUCACAUUCACUAUGAUUUUCAUCAACAAUAUCCAUCUGAUUGUAUUAUACACUCAGUGUCCAGUUUAUUAGGUACACCCAUCUAGUACCGGGUUGGGCGCCACUUUGCCUCCAGAACAGCCUGAAUUC